CAACAAACAUGCUUCAUUGACUGGAUAUGUGAAAACUAGCACCAGGUGGUGGAAAGAUGCCUUGGAAACUAUCGUUGCUGGACAAAUUCCUGGGAAUUUCUGUGAAAAACCAACCCCUUAUGGAUGAGUUCCAGAAGAAAUCCAGCCAAAAGCAUGAUACAAGAUCCCGAAAAGUAAGAUUCAAAAUUUCCUCAGCUUACAGUGGUCGAGUCUUGAAACAAAUGUAUGAAGAUGGGCAAGAGCUUGAAAUCCCAGCAGAAGACUGCCCCCAUAAUUGUCAGUCCUGGAAUUUUGAACCCCGAGACAAUUUAUUGGGGAUUAGAGAAAACCCAGAUCACAGCUUUUAUCCAUCAGCUGGACUGAAUGCCCAGAGGAUCAGUGUUUUCAGAGAAGGGAACAAAUACACUCUCACAAGUAACUCUUCCCUUCUGAAUGAUGACAAGGCUGAUGGUCAUAUGCAUCCCCGCAUUUUAGAUUUUGGGAGGAUUAUAAUCUAUACCAGUAAUCUAAAAAUAAUCCGGACACCACUGAGCAAGAAAGAGCUAAUGCAAAGAAUCAUGCAAAAUGAAGGUGUUGAUGAUAGCUCCUUCAUGAACUCUGAAGAAAGAGGAGGAAGUAGCAGUGUUCAAAGCAAUGUAAACAUAAACAGUGAUGAAACUGAAUCAGACCACAACCGACAUGUUUGGGAAGGCGAUGAGAACAGCUGCUCACAGUGUAAAGGAUCAGGCUCUGCCCCCUGUGCUGUGUGUCAUGGAAGCAAGUUUUCAAUGUUGGCUAAUCGGUUUAAAGAGUCAUACAGAGCUCUGCGAUGCCCUGCCUGUAAUGAAAACGGGCAGCAGCCCUGCCAGAUUUGUGUUUAGUGACUCUAUCUGUUCUUUAAUUUUUCUUAUUUUCUUUCGAAUAGAACAGACCCCAUCAAAUAGUCUAUGCCCAUCCAUCUUCUUUGGCUAGAAAGCUACCUUUUUAUGUCUGGUUGUUAAACAGUCUUAUCAAUUGCCAGCCUUUCCACUGAAUUAAAAGAGCUGCCACAUGUUUCAAGACAGCUUUUUUUUUUCUGAUUUCAGUUGAGUGAAAGUAAAGCUGCACUCGCAGAGUAAUAUAAAUGCCAUAUAAAAAGGACGUAACUUUGGCUAGCUCGUGUUCUCGGUUCCUAUGGUCUUAUUUUUUUAAAAAGAGAACAGACGUCAGCAUAAUAGAAGAAACAAAAUUUGUACAACCAGGAGUAUCAAAACAUAAGAAGAAAACAAAUGUCAGAUAUAACGGGACUGUUUUAAUAACCUUUUGAUUAAAAAGUAUUUUUGGAGUCAGGCAACCUUACCAAAACUAAAACAAACAAACAAACAAACAAAACACACACACACACAUACAUACAUAGCUGCAUGCCUACCUUUCAGAAAAUUAGCCAUCUGGAAACUCUUGAGGUUAUCCAAACUAUUUGCAAAUUAAAGUUUCCAGGGCUCCUUAAGCAUUUAUAAGCUCUUGUAUCUCUUGGCAGAACAAAAGUUAUUGUUUUGGGGCUUGCUAAAAUAAAAAUGAGACUCAAUUUGGUGUACUGAUUAAGACAUCAAGAUAGAAAUCAGGACACUGUAAAUUUUAGUCCUGCCUUUGGCACAAACCAGCCGGAUGAUCUUGGGCCAGUCACUUCUUCUAAGCCUUAGUAAGGAGGCAAUG